UAAACCCCUCUGUCGCAGGAGCGAAUCCACACUCACAGCAGUUGUUAUUGCCCGGGGAAAACGUCGUCUGCUAGAGAGCUCAUCGUCUGCCCCUUUUAAGCUCCAUUUUGGGAAACCGAGAUCUUACACUCUCAUCAUGACUGUCGAGGUGUACCUCAAGGAUAUGGGCUAUCUCCUGGAAGGCCCUCACUGGGAUGACGUCAACAAUAAACUCUAUUACGUCGACAUCUUCGGCAACGCCAUCCAUCGCUAUGAUGUCGCCUCCCAGAAGGACGAGAAGGUCGAUAUUGGCGAGAGCGUAGGAGCCUCCGUCCCGACCCGCAGCGGCAAGACUCUGGUCGCUGCUAAGCAUAAGAUGGGCUAUGUGGACUGGAGAACGGGGAACUUCGAGACGGUAGCCAUGGUCGACAAGGACAAGCCGACGACGAGAUUCAACGACGGCAAGUGCGACCCCGCCGGUAGAUUGUGGGCAGGUACAAUGGGCGCUGAGGAAGUACUGGCUGGUGUCGAGAAAGGAAAGGGUUCUCUUUUUUGUCUACACACUAACAUGAAGGUCACCAAACAUGUCGAUGAUGUGGAUAUAUCUAACGGCAUGGCCUGGACGUCUGAUCUUAAAACCCUGUAUUACAUAGAUACUCUCAGACAUGGCGUCGAUGCUUUCGACUAUAACCACGAAACCGCCGAACUUGCUAACCGCCGUCAAGUUGUGAAGGUUCCUGACGAAGAGGGCCUCCCAGAUGGUAUGUGUAUUGACAGUGAGGGUAUGCUGUGGGUUGCACUGUUCAAUGGCGACGUCAUCAACAGAUACAACCCCAAAACAGGAGAAAAGUUGCAAACCAUCCGCUUCCCGACCACCAACAUCACCAGCUGCUGUUGGGGAGGACCAAACUUUGAUGAGCUCUACGUGACCAGCGCUAAACAUUUCCUCACUGAAGAACAAAAGAGAACACAGCCAUUGGCUGGAUCCAUCUUCCGGGUCACCGGCCUCGGGGUCAAAGGGGUCAAAUGUGAACCUUUCAAUGAUAGUUAGACACUUUGCUGCAUUUUGUUUUUCUUUAGAGGUUACUUUUACUUUAUCACUUUUCCCCUAAAAUUCCUUAACUCCUAAUUAUAUUAGGAUAUAUUUGUUUAUGGUGGUAUAAAUAUUUUUUUUUGCUUGUCAAAGAUAGCUAAUGAUGGGCGUUGCUAAUUCUUAUUUUGUUUUAUCAUUAUAUAGUCAUUUAUGUUUUUUCUGUUCAUAAAACUUGUUUCUAAAAUAUUUAUAAUCUACACUGAUUUAAAUUUGUUUUGAUCAAUUUGAAUAAUGCAAAGUAUUCUAGCAAGUUGAUGAACGAUCCGUCAUUAUUUUGUCUUUUUUUUCCCACUCGAUUUGUAAAUCCCGUUGUGCACGAUGCGUCAUACUAGGGACUUUUAGAUUUGCACAACGACAACGUGGAUUGCUACGAUCGACUUCCUUUUAAUUCACUGCCUGGAAUGGACGUCACACGUAUCAGUCCACGCAAAUCUAAAAGUCCCUAUUGGUGACGGAGGACUGCGUAAGUCACUGAUGUGGCCUUUUCGGACACGCCAUGCAUGUGUGCGUGAUACCAAACAAGUUCAACCAUUGCUUCAAGUUACUGAUGAAUGGGCUCAUUGUUUUUACAGGCGUGAUUAGCGCAUGUAAUCACGAUCCAAAUUACGCCUCAUGCCCAUCGGAAAAACCAUUAAUGAUUGGUUUGCGUGGUAUCUCAUCUCACUGGUGCAACUUCUUGAAGCUACACUGCACUACUUAUGGCUACUUGCGCCCUCUAUAUCAAACAAUGCCUAAUCGGUGACUAUUGGUAUCCCAUGGUCGCCUUUUUCUUAUGUCAGUUGCGAGCUGAUUUGAUGAGAUAACCACCUGUCAGUUACUAUGCAGGGAGGUCUAAUUCCUCCCGGCCAAAUAGUACAGAUGGGCUUAAGGCUUCGUAUUUUCACACUCUUUCUCGGAUACCAAUUACAUAAACGGAGUAGCUAUGGGUGGGGUACGAGGGGAAACUGCCCCCCAACCAGGAAAAAUGGGAAGGUAAGGGCGUGAAAGACGCAGGAAAGGGGUGAAAAGGAACCUACCAGCCACUUUCUGCUCGGCUCUGUCGCUUUGUUCCAUUGCAAUCCAUCGACAUGGUGGGACCAGCGCCUAUUUCCAUUGAUGGCCAUUGUCCCUUAAAUGCCUCGACACAUGAUACGCCUCUUUCCAAUGAAAUACAUGUUAGCCAAUUGAAAUCUAUUUUUGAUAUAUUACGCAUUAAAUGAAAAAAGCAUACAGUAGUUGAAUUGAAAAUGUUAAUUAGUAUAAAUAGUUGUUAACAUAUUUUGAUUGUGGUUUUAUUGUCUAACUAAAUGUUACAUCGCAAUUAUCGCGAAUGCCCAAAAUCUUACCGAUUGCCUUAUAUUAUCAGAGACUAAAGUUAUAUACAUAGUAUGGAGCAUAUUGUCAUUAAUAAAUGUCAUAUACAAUGGAUUAAUGAAUAUUAAAGUGUGUUUAAAAAGGA